AGCAGGAGGAGCUUUCCGCUUCCUGCGCGGCGGGGGCCGGGCUGGGAGCGAGCGUAGCGUCCCGUAUCCGAGCAACGCGCGGUGCCCGCGGCCAUGGGCAGCCCCGGUCCCCGCACCAGCGACUGGUACCGCACCAGCCCGCGCCUGCCCGGCCGCUUCCAGAACCCAAGCUGCUUCCGCGGAUACGGGCAGCCGCAGCCUCACCCCCUGUACCGGACCACCAACCAGGCCUAUGGCAGCAAAGCCCCCACAGUGCACGAGGUGCCGACCUCCUUCCACAUCACCUCGCAUGCGUUCUCGAACACUCUGGGACAGUGCGGCAUGUAUAGCGACAACGGGCUCAACACUGCCCUGGAGAAGAGCUGCGUCACUGGCACAGCCAACUUCAUCACCGCCCAUGACCACCUCAACUUUCACCCCAGCUACAACCCAAGAGGCCCGUCGCACUGUUAGAUGUGCACCAGUAACGGUGACAGCAUGAAGCUGCUUCAGUUACUGCUGGCUGCCUAAAUAAAAAAUCACAAAACCCCAAAACCGCACACAAACGGCAGCAUUGACCUUAUGUGAAUCUGUUGCUAAGCCUCACCUGAAAACAUUUGAGGAACCACUACACAGUUGUGGUGUAGCUGCUCAAUGGGGUUACAUAAUAGGUGGUUGGAAUUAGACAAUCUUUAAGGUCCCUUCCAAUUUGGACUGUUCUAUUUCACUGAGAACAGACACAAAGAAUCACAGAACGGUUAGAAAGGACCUCAAAGCCCAUCAAAUUCCAACCGCCCUGCCAUGGGCAGAGAUGCCUCCUGAUGGAUGAGGAUGCUCACAGCCCCAUCCAACCUGGCCUUGAACACCUCCAGGGAUGGGGCAGCUUUGACUUCUUUUAAGGUCUUUUCUAACUCAAACCAUUCCAUGAUUCUAUAAGCAGGAAAAUUGCAAUUAGUAGCAGCUGAUCACUGCCUUCUGUAGCACUAACAUGGUGCAUGCUGCAAGGCAUCCGCAGUGCUUAAGUGAUCCUGAAAAUUUCAGUUAUCAUUACUGAGGAGAGUAAAACUGUAUAGACAGACUGUCAGGAAAAUAAUUCACGUGGCAUGAUCAUCAUCAGCAGAUUAAAAUACAUGCUUCAUGCUAUUAACCACGUAAGUCAGGACUUGAUAAGAAUUUUCCCCUGGAACAUAGGAAAAGAAAAUCUUUCAGCGUGGUAAAGUGAGACUUGCUAUGACCUUGCCAUGAACAGCUGCAAAACUAGAAGCAGCAGUACAUCUCUAAAAACAACCUCCCCAACCCAAACUGUUCCAUGUAUUGUUGGUUUUAACAGGGCUCCUCCCUAGUCAUGGCCACAAACAUAGCCUCGGGGGAAAAGCAGUUCAAAUCUGUGUUACCCAAACGGGGUUUGGUAAUUUGUUGGGAAAAAUACAGACACCUCCUUUGGAAUGAGCGGAAAAAAAUCACUAAUUUUCAGUUUGAGUGUUAUUAGGAAUACUGUCUCAAUUUAUAAAGGUUUAAUGUGAUUACUUGUCAAUUCAAUAGCUCGUAUGAACCAUUUUACUUAAUUUACAGGCAGUAAAUAGUUAUAAAUACGAGAACAAUAUACGUUACAUAUUGCCUUAACCUUUUCUCUGUCACUAAUGAUCCUUUCAACUCUUGGCUCAAGUACCACAUAUC